UGACAAGGUCAAGACUUAGGUUACGACCCUUAAUUUAAUAUAGUUUUCUGUUUGUAAUAUCAAUAAAAAGUAUUCUAGUGUGGAUGCCCCACUCUCCGGCAACGAGAACCACACCGUUCUUUUUGUGAUGACUCUAAAACUCACCAUGUGGAUUAUACACAUUGUUUUUCUUAGCUCUUUUGUUUUUCAGAAGACACGCAUCACAACUGGGAUGGUCAGACUAAACUUCUUAGCUGCGAUACUUGGGAGUGGAGGGAAGGAGAGGAUGACAAAAACCUGGCAACCCCUGCAAAAUUCCCACAGUUGUGCUUCCAGUACAAGCAAACAAACCUUGCUCCUUUUCAGCAGAUAGAGAUUGCAUCAGAAAGAUGAAUUUCCUCUGCCAAGAACACAGGAAAUAUUCAGUCCAGGAUUAGUGACCUGUAUCUCAGAACCCAUCGGGACCACUAUGUACAGAAUACCCUGAGGGUGUGGCAUAAAAGUUUGAGUGGCCUAAAUAAAGGCUGGUCACAUUACCUGAGAGGCAAAGCCAAGAAUGAAUUAUUCAGGUGACUUGAAGAUUCAGGCUGAUAGCUGCCCAGAGAAGUGGCAUCCUUGCCAGUCUUAAGAAGAGGGACAAUAACUGCUCACUUCCACCAUUUAGAUGCCUUUUGAUUGUAUGACUGCUGAAAUGUAUUGAGUGCUGCAGCUACUUUUCCAACAAUGAACAGUUCAAAAUCACCAGCGCUGGACGGAUUAGGAAACACAACCUGCAACGCACACAAUAAGAUUUCGGUAUUUUUUUCAAUAAUAUUCAUGACGGUGGGAAUUUUAUCCAACAGUCUUGCAAUAGCAAUUCUCAUGAAGGCAUAUCAGAGAUUUAGACAGAAAUCAAAAGCAUCCUUUUUGCUUUUUGCUAGUGGUUUGGUUGUCACAGAUCUUUUUGGCCAUCUCAUCAAUGGAACUAUUGCCGUGUUUGUGUAUGCCUCUGACAAAGACUGGAUUCGAUUUAAUCAAUCAAACAUUCUCUGCAGUGUUUUUGGCAUAUGUAUGGUAUUCUUUGGUCUGUGCCCUCUCUUUCUGGGCAGUGUGAUGGCUGUUGAACGUUGCAUUGGAGUCACUAAACCAAUAUUUCAUUCUACAAAAAUGACUUCUAAACAUGUAAAAAUGAUUUUGACUACGGUAUGUCUCUUUGCUGUUUUUAUAGCUUUGCUGCCUAUUCUUAGCUUUAGAGCAUAUCAAAUUCAAGCAUCGAGGACCUGGUGCUUCUAUAAAACAGAACAUAUUGAGGACUGGGAAGACAGAUUUUAUCUAUUACUUUUUUCUUGCCUUGGGUUACUAGCCCUUGCUGUUUCGUUCUUGUGCAAUGCUGUCACAGGAAUUACUCUCUUAAGAGUCAAAUUUAAAAGUCAACAAAGACAAGGCCGAUCUCAUCAUUUUGAAAUGAUCAUUCAGCUAUUGGCUAUAAUGUGUGUCUCUUGCAUUUGCUGGAGUCCAUUUCUGGUGACAAUGGCCAAUAUUGGAAUAAAUGCAGAUCGUUCAAUGGAAACCUGUGAAACAAUACUUGUUGUUCUCCGAAUGGCAACGUGGAAUCAAAUUUUAGAUCCCUGGGUAUACAUUCUUCUAAGGAAAGCUGUGCUGAAAACCCUCUACAAGAUUGCUAGGAGAUGCUGUGGAAUGCAUAUCAUGAACUUGCAUAUGUGGGAACUCAGCUCCAUCAAGAAUUCUUUAAAGGUUGCAGCAAUUUCUGAGUCACCAGUUAGUUCCAAACAAAUAAAUCAACAGCCACUUAGCUCAACAGGGCAAUAAAAUCAAACACAGCAUAUGAAGAAAUAAUGGGAGUGUAAUGAUCAGACCCUGAGAACGCCAUCAGAUUUGUUAGUCUUUGUGGUAAUAUGAGGGUAAGUGGUUUGGUAUUUGUUUCAGAUUGUGAGUGGUUUGGGCUUAUUGUUUACCAAUUUGAUAUUGCUAUUCCAAGAUGUGCACUUGAGUAACUGUGAUCACUUCCAAAACACUUUUGGGUGAAAGAAGCAUCUUUCAGAAAUGGGGUUUAAUCAGACAAGACAGAUUUCAGAGUGGAGUUAGUUCCACAUCACCGUGCCUGCAGCAGCAAAAACACAAUCGUCCACUGACUGCAGAGCCCAAUGGCAGAAACUGUUAAGCUGGGUGUCGUGAGUACAGAUGGUCACCAGCACUAGGCUCAAGGAGCACGUGAGGAGAGGGAAGAACUUGUUGGUUGGUAAUAGACAAGGUAAUCUUUUGUUAGAUAGUGGCACUUCAGUAGUUAACUGUCUUCAUAGCUCCUUAAGGUCAGAAGGGAUAACUAUGAUCAUCUAGUCUGACCUCGUACAUAACAUAGAACUCCUCUGAAUUAAUUCCUGCUUCAAAUCCAAUAGCUAUGGUUAAACAAGAGCAUAUCUUUAAAAUAAAAAUCCAAUCUUCAUUUAAAAAUGUGCAGUAAUCCACUGCAACUCUUGGUAAAUAAUUCUGAUGGCUAAUUACCAUUAGGAUAUAAUUUCUAAAUUUGUUCUAGUUUCAACUUUCAGACAUUGGAUCUUCUUAUACUUUUUUGUAUGACAGAUUGAAGAGCCCUCUGUAUCAAAUUUCUGCUCCUCAUGUAGGUACUUAUAGAUUGUGAUCAAGUCACCCCGUCCCUUCUCUUUGAUUAGCUCCUUGAGUCAUUUACUGUACGGCAUGUUUUCCAAUCCUUUAAUCAUCCUCGUGGCUUUUCUGUGAACCCUCUCCAAUAUUUCAACAGCCUUCCUGAAAUGUAGACACCAAACUGGAUACAGUAUUCCAGUAGCAGUUGCACCAGUGCCAAAUACAGAGGUAAUAUAACCUCUCUACUUGAUGUUCCUCUGCUUAUACUUUUAAGGAUCUCAUUAGCACUUGUGGCCACAGUGUUGCCCUGGGAGUUUGUGUUCAGCUGAUUAUCUGCUAUGACCCUCAGUCCUUUUCAGAUUCACUGCUUCCCUGGAUAGAGUCCCCCAUCCUGUAAGUAUGGCCUAUGUUCUUUGUUCUGAGAUGUACUGUAUGACUUUAUACUUUGCCAUGUUAAAAUGCCUGUUUGCUUGCACCGGUUUAUCAAGUGAUCCAGAUCACUCUGUAUCAGUGACCAGUCCUCUUCAUUAUUUACCAUGCUCCCAAUCUUUGUGUCGCCUGCAAAUUUGAUCAGUAAUGAUUUUGUUUUCUUCCAGGUCAUUGAUAAAAAUGUUAAGUAGCAUAGGGUCAAGAACGGAUUCCUCAAUGAUUGUUUCUGUUUACAAUUACAUUAUCAGACUCAAACUCGGCAUGUAGUUUCUCAGGACAGAUGAGAAUUAUGGGCCCAAUCCUGUAACUCUUACUCAUAUGAGUACUCCCAUUGAGGUCAGCAGCAAACAAAUUUAGACCUAAACCCAUGUGAGCCUACGUAAAGAACAGAGUUGAUCAAAAAACAGUAACACAUUUCUUGAAAGGUGCCACAGAUGCAUCUGCAAAAAUACAGUACGCCUGUUUUAUCUGCAGAGGCCCAUGCUGAUGCAUGCAAACAAGAAUUUGCAUGAACAAAAUGGGCACCUGUGUGAGCAAAUGUAGGUGGUGUUUGUGGGAGCAAGGAGUACUCUCAAUUUUUGCAGGUGUACCUGUGCCUUCCUUUGCAAACGUAGGAUCCAAGGCUGAAGUGCUGAAUGCCUACAGUGGAAGUUGAGUACCUCAGUACCUAUAUUGGAGGCUCCCAGCACCUUGAAAAAAGGGCCCUUCACAAUUAAUUUUACCAUCCCAUUUUUAUAUGUAGCCUGUAUACUUAUUGUUGAUCACUCAUUUGAUAUCAAAGUACAAUGUAAAUUUCAGUUCCAACUGUCUGAAUGUCAUUUAUUCAAUAUUAUGAAAAUAAAAAGUACAGUAAUCUACAUUCCUAUGUCAUUUAAGUAAUGCUACUAGUUGCAAAUUAUUACAUGCCAAGGAUCAGUUGAGUAUUUUGGAAGUCAUUGUACUAACACUAGGUAGAUAUUCAUUUUAUACUCAUAAGGGUAUCAUCCUCCCCCCAUUGAAGUCAGUGGCAAAACUCCCCUUAACUUCAGUGAGAAUAGGAUCAGGCCUGUGGAGACUGUGGGAAUUCACACAGGAUUGUGCAGUCAACCUGUGACAUUAUGAUGUAAUAGGCAGGCUUUCUUGAAGAGCAAGAGAUUGAUAUGAAUGGUAGCAUUGCUAUGCAGUAUCUACUGAAUAUGAUCCAUAGGAGAAGAAUGUACAACUGCAGUCCCCAGUGUUAUCCUAGGUUGUAUGAAACACGUUGUAAGAAGUAGUUGAGUGUAGUGCAAUAAUCAACUCUGCCAGGUGAUUGAAAGGUGUAUCCUUUCUCACAUUUUUCAGCAAAAGACAUGUGACUGGCUUGGAUGCGGAGAGAAUUACUAACCAAUGCACAUAAUCCAUCAAAGACAAAAAAGCACUCAAUAAGCACUUAUUAGUCUAUCAUUGUAACAUAACUGAUCAUGCUUAUUCAUUUCCUUCUAAAAACAAGAGAAGAAUAACGGAGAAGAAGCUUUGAUUUUGUGACUGUACUGUGUUAAUACCAAAAUGGAGGUAGAGUAGAGUUUCUAAGCAGGAAAGAGUUGCUUCUGGGUGGAAAACAAUAGUGUUAACUUCACCUACUUCACUUCAUAUAACUGUUCCACUUUGGCAAAUUGUUGGUCCAGAAUCAGUGCUGACCCUCUCCAUGUGAUUGCAUUGAAAUGAAUGUAAGUAAGAUUUAGUGCUGAAUGUGUCCGCCUUACUGUACACAACCUGUUGUAAAUGUGUCUAGUAACAUAAAUAAGUUGCUCAUCCUUUUGGGGUGAGAAUUUUGCUUCAUUGGCUGCAGAAUAAUGUUAGACUGAGAUACUUGACAAGUGAAUGAAGCAUAUCUGCAGUCUAUUGUGUUGUGAAUAAAUAUAGCUUGUGUACUUUCAUACUGGCUGAAUUGUAAAAAGGUUUAACUUUAUAUGUAUAUGUGUUUUCAUAUAUUCUGUGUAUGGAUAUCUAUUGAAUGUAAAUUGUAGAGCCUCAUUAAACUUAUUAAAACAA